CACUGUCGGCUUUUUUCCUUCCACUUUUGCCUUGCUUUACCGCCGGCUGUUUUCUUUCAUUCAUUUUUUUUUUUUUUGUGCAGAUCUGCUCCAACCAAAAUCAACAACCCAUUUACUUCAUCUUUCAAGAUUUACUGCCGGUUGAUCUCUCUUCACGUUGCUUGCCCAGAUCUACUCCCAUCACAUUCGGCAGCCCCGCCGAACAUUCUUCUUGCCCCACAGAUCUGCUUUGCUCAUGUCCGGUGAUUCCACCAAACAACCUUCUCCUGCAAAAACUGCUUCCAUGGCCAGCAACCAAGAAGAACAAUCCAUUCCCACCGAAUCUGCUCCUUCCAUGGCUGAUGUCAAAUCCCCUCAUCCCAAAGAGCUGCCAUUUGCUGGAUCUGCUGCAAUGGCCGGUUCCAAGGCCACUCAUUUCUUGAAAUCGCCUCCUGCAGAUUUGGUUAAACUCUUCCAAACCCAAAAUCUCCAAGAUGACAUAAACUGGAUAGUCCAACGCCAUAAGCCAUGCCAUUCAAAUCAGAUUUUUGUUCCUCAUAAGAAUUCCCAGAUUUUUGGUCCAUACUUUGUGUCUCACCCGUCGGCUCCUCUUGCUUCCAUUCACCCACAGCCAAAAGAACAUCUUCUCACUUUUCAGGUGAAACCUGAUUGGAAUAAAUGGGUUGGAUCUUUCGGAGCUUGGCCAGCUUGGAGGAAAUCAGAAUGGGUUGACUGGAUAAAUCGCCUUGAACCUACUUUUGGCUAGAUUUGGAAAGAUGUGGGUUUGUUUGAAUUCAUACAAUUAUCCAAAUGCAAAUUCAACAUGGAUAAGCCGAUCUUGGGUUCGGCUUUGUUGUUUUGGUCUAGCUAUUUUAAUUGCUUUCAUUUUCCUUGUGGAGCCAUGUCUGUGAGCCUUUUUAAUAUUAGUUCAUUAACUGGAUUGCCUUGCACAGGAGAAGAGAUUUCAGCAUUAUGAACUUUGCCACCAGGUGUUGAGUACAACAUAGAUUUGAAGCCCUCUUAUCCAGCUUUUGUGAGAUCUGCCUAUGACAAAAUUUGAAUACUCUCAACUCUAGAUAUGGCGUGGAGCUCUAUGCACCGAACCAAUUCUGUCGGCAACUUAGAUAUUGCCAAGACAUACCAUUCUCGCCACUGUUCUCCUUCAACCACAGCUAUCCUCUUCGAUUUAUGAUUGAGGAAUCAAACGUUUUGACCGCCAAGCUUGUCGAAAUUACAAAAACUUUGCAGACAAUGAUCUUGCCAGAUCCUCCAUUCCGACUGAGUUGUACUCCCCCUUAUAGAAGUUGGUAGCAAGAUUAUUUCCAUCUUUGGUUCCUCGGUGUUCUAGACAAUAUUUCUGCUCUGGCUCCUUGACCACUCACCAAAAAAUUUGAAGAAAAGAAAGUUGCAGAGGAAAGUGGGGACCUGGAAUCUGCCAUUGUUGCCCAGAUCAGCAAGCCAGAUCUGCCAAGGAGAGCUCCUAAAACUCAAGUCAAAAGGAAAAUUGCUACUACCGCAGAUUCCACGGAGGAGAAUACUCCCUCCAAGCAACGAAGAACCGGAAUAACGGCUGCAGAAUCUAUGAGAAAAUCUAUAGCGGAUAGCACUGCAGCUGUCUUUAAGAAGAAGGAAGAAUUCUUGGCAGCAAAGGUUGCUCAUGUCACACAAGUUAAACAUCUCCAAGAGCUUAAAGAAGAAUUUUCUAACCUUGAAGCCAGGCUUUCAGAGUUAAGAAACCAGGUUCCUCUUACGAAGCAAACUGAGAAGAGUUUGGCAGGACAAAGAAACAAGCUCCACACAGACAUGGAAGCUGGUUUGAAAUUUGCUGCCAAGAUCAAGGAUUAGUUGCCAUCUUUCACAGCUUCUGCAGAUGUAGUCGCUGAAGAAAUCAAGAACAUGAAAGAAGAAUGGAGUACUUGGCAAAACAACCUUUGUUGAUUUUUCUUUUAUGUAUCUCCUUUGCUUUUUGCUAGUUGAACUUGCAUAUUGUGAUCCUUGAACUUAUUGUUUGCGGCCUAUUGGCCAUGCAAACUUCUUUUCCAAUGUUGAUCUCUUUCUUUGCUCAUAUUCUGGAAAUUUGCUUCUUGUACUUUUUGUUCAUACUCUGUUACAGAUUCGGCUCAGCACUUUUAUUGAAUGAUAAAAUGCUAAACAAUAAAAUAAAAUACUGUAU